AUGAGAGGCAUCCGAAUAAAACUCGUCUAUUCGACGAAUCGUCUCGAGAAUUUCCGGUGCCUGACUAGGAUGAUUCCUGCGUCAGAAAUGGGUCCGGCCGGUGAACGAAGCUUCAAGUCUUCGAUUCUUCAAGAUGGCAAGUGGCGCCGCAGCGAUGAGGGAGACACAUUGUUGCGGCGGGGCCAAGCUCCAAAGAAGCCAGUCACGCAGGCAGGAGAAUCCCAGCUCCCACGGGGCCAAGAGGUGACCGUUCGCGACGUUCCCGCCCGCGGAAAACCACACGUGAGAGCUCUUUGCUCUCAGGUACAGCUCCCUUUCUUUCAUCAUGCUUCGAGAAUAUGCGCGCUCCAUUUAUUUAUUUAUUUUGGCCUAAUUUCGUCGUGGAUUACUGCCUUCAAAAAUGGUGCCAAUAUACAUGGCCGGAGCUACGAAGAGUAA